UGACGUAUGUCCUCAUGUAAUCACGGCAUUCAGUGCUCUCGUAUCACAUAUCCAGAAAACAGCCGAGUGUGAAGCUUUCCUUUUUCUAGGCUAAUUGUUGGGUUUAUCUGUAGGUCUCUGCUUCGGUGACAAAUGAACACUUCAAAUAAUAUAACGGAAUCAGAGGAGAAUUAUUGGUCCAGAAUUGAGAAGUCUGUUCUCGCUCCCAUUCUCACAACUGAGAUGGUACUGGGAGUUUUGGGAAAUGGACUGGUUUUGAUAGUUAAAAUAGUGUGUAAAGACCAUUAUCAGUCUCUUUACUGGCUGCCACUUUUGAGUCUCACGCUCUCAGAUUUCUUCUGCUCCAUCCUCGUAAUCUGUGGCUCCCUCUUAGCCGUACUGAGUGAUGGUCAGAUUUCACCAUGGUGUGAGGUGGUGAGCCUGCUAAAGUUCACCUUCAUCACCUCUUCCAUUGGAAGUGUAGCUGUUCUCUGUGUUCAGAGAUUUAUGGGAAUUCCUUCCAAAGGUAAAAGUGCCAUGUCUAUUGUCAUGGCAGUUGCAUGUGUGGCAUCAUGGUGCAUUGGUGCUAUAUUUGGAGCAGUGCCAGUAGUCUAUGACUGGAUAAGGUAUGAUCCAGCUGAAAUGCUGUGUGCAGUGUUCUGGGAGAGCAGUUACUCUGACAUGCUGGUUUACAUCCUCUGUGCUUUCUCCAUCUCCAUCUUCAUCCCUCUCCUCCUCAUACUCUUCUGCUCCAUCCUGACCUAUUUAGGCUUUGGGAAAGAGUGUUCCAGCCAGGAUGACCUGUCCUCUAUCACGCCACUACUGGUGAUCGUAUAUCUGUUCUGCUAUGCUGCGUUUGCUGUAUCUGAGUUGGUUCUCCUCGGAAGGCUUGAUCUGUCCCCAUCUCCGAAGUGGCUGAGAUCACUAUCUUCAGUAAUGGCAUAUCUGGACUGUUGUUUAAACCCAUUCAUCUACUGCACAAAUAAAGGCUUCCGAGAAGCAGUAUUCAUACUGUUUUGGAAAAAAUGGAGAUCAACUUCCACAGAGCCGGUUCUGACUGGUAUUACAACACUUGAAAUAUGAAGAUUAGUUACAAGCAAAACAAUGAUAAGAAAGUUUUGAUUUUUCUGUGCAACACUUUGUAAUGCAUCAUAAUAUGAUUUUUAAUUGUAACAAAUGACACCCUUUUCUAUGACUAGAUGUGCUGAG